CAUUUGCCGUCAACGGAAGAUGCCGAUGAACGUGAUCGAGAAGAUCCUGUGCCACCACGCGGUCGGCCUGAGCUCGCCCAGCGUGACCGUCGGCGACGUGCUCUGCGUCAACGCCGACUGGACGCUCGCGAGCGAGCUCACGUUCCAGGGCAUGGAGACCUUGUAUGCGUCGAUCGGCCGGCCCAAGCUGCACCGCCCGGACCGCUUCUGGCUCGCGAUCGACCACACGGUGGACCCGCGCGUGAACCACCAGUCCAAGCAGCAGGCGCUCAUCAAGCUCGCGACCGACUUUGCCUCGGAGCACAACGUCUCGGACUUUUGGGAGCCCAACACGACCAUCAUGCACACCGAGUUUGCGCGCAAGCGCGCGCAGCCCGGCCAGAUCGUCAUUGGCGCCGACUCGCACACGUGCAGCGCCGGUGGCAUGGGCGCCUUCGCCGCGGGCCUCGGCGCGGGCGACGUCGUCAUGCCACUUGUGACGGGCCAGACCUGGUUCAAGGUCCCCGAGGUCGUCUACAUUGAGUUUGUCGGUCAACCAGCCCUCGGUAUUGGCGGCAAGGACAUCAUUCUGCACAUCCUCGGCCACCUCAAGCGUAACACGGUCGCGUUCGAGCGCGCGGUCUACUACGGCGGCGCAGGCAUCGCGCACCUCUCGGACGACGCGCGGUUCGCGAUCGCCAACAUGAGCACCGAGUUUGGUGCGAUCGCCGGCGUCUUUGAGGCCGACGAGAUCACGGCGCGCGUGCUGCAAGGCCGGUCGUCGCACAAGGACGAAGGCCUCUACUUCCGCCCGGACGAAGGCUGCAAGUACGCAGCGCACCAUGUGAUCCGCCUCGACGACGUGCAGUCGAUGGUCGCAGUGUACCCGUCGCCCGACAACUGCGCGCCGAUUUCGGAGCUCACGCACAUGGCGCUCGACGGCUGCUUCAUCGGCGCCUGCACGACGACGCAAGAGGACUUGAUCCUCGGUGCGAUGGUGCUGCAGAUCGGCCUGAGCUCGGGCAAGAUCCCCGUGUCGCGACACGACAAGCCGUACCGCCGCCGCGUGACGCCCGGGUCGCUCGAGAUCGUCGCGCGCCUCGAGACGCUCGGGCUCCUCAGCGUCUACGAGGCCGCGGGCUUUACCGUCGGCGUGCCGUCGUGCUCGUUCUGCGUGGGCAUUGGCGCCGACGUGGCGCUCGAGGGCGAAGUCUGGCUCACGUCGCAGAACCGCAACUUCCGCAACCGCAUGGGCCGCGGCUCGAUCGGACACCUCGCGUCGGCCGUCGCCGUCGCCGCGUCCAGCUUCUCGAUGACCGUGACGGACCCGGCGCCGUUUGUCGCGCAGAUCGACUUUGCCUUGUUUGACGCGUACCGCGAGUGGUCGCCUUCGAGCUUUGCGCCGGCCUAUGCGAUCGCGGCGCCGGCGCCGGUGCUGAGUGCGAUCUCCGUGCCCGAGUCCCCGGCGUCGCCGACCGCCAAGCCACCGCCGGCGCAGUUCUCUGGCCGCGUCCAGGUCUUUGAGGACAACGUGGACACGGACGCGAUCAUUCCGGCGCAGUUUAUGGGCCUCAACCCGACGUCGCCGCUGUGGCCCGCCGACUGCAAGACGGAGGAAGAGGUCCUCGCGUCCAAGUCGUUUGCGUACACGCGGCCCGAGUUUGUGCAGCGCGCGCGGGACGGCGCCAACAUCAUCGUCGCGGGCUCGGCCUUUGGCUCGGGCUCGUCGCGCGAAGAAGCCGCGCGCUGCCUCAAAGCCUUGGGCAUCCAGGCGGUCAUCGCCAAGUCGUUUGCGUACAUUUACGCACGCAACCAACCGAAUAAUGCGCUCCUCGGCAUCGUCAUCACAGACGAGCGCUUCCAUACGCUCGCGACCGAAGGCGCCGAGGUCCACGUAGACCUGCCCGGCCGCGUCGUCGUCGUGAGUGGCGAGUCGUUCCCGUUCCAACUCACGGCGCUCGAGGAGAGCUUCCUCAACGGCGGCGGGCUCCAGCAGCUCUUCCGCCGGUACAAGACCGACCUCUUCCGCGCCGCAAUGCAGCAAAAGUCGAGCUCGUCGACGGCGUGCGGCAGCAGCACCGAGUGCGGGUCGCCGGGCGCCAGCGAGCAGUGGUAGCCAUCCACCUUCCUAGACGUCGUAUUAGAUAUUAACAUUUAUAAAAAAGAGCUAUAUAAUCCC